AUGCCAGCAAAGAUUGCCUUCUUCUCAUCAGUGGCAAAACAGAUCAAUCCUUUUCUCACAGCAUUUCAGACUGAUAAACCUAUGCUGCCAUUCAUGAGUAUCAGUUUGUACACUUUGUUGAAAUCAUUGUUGAAUAGGUUUAUCAAGGGUGAACUUGUUACCGAGGCAACAUCUCCUCUGAAGAUCCUGAGGUUGAAGCCCACUGAUAAAGAACAGCAGUUAGACUACCAGAAAGUUGAUGUUGGCUUUGUGGCACAACACAUGCUGAAAGAAAAAUCUGGGAAAUUGAGUGAAAGGCAAGUUCUUCAAUUCAGAAUGGAAUGUAAAGAUUUUCUUGCAAAAACAGCCUCUAAACUGCUUGACAAAACACCAAUAAAUUAUCGACUAGUAAGAAGUAUGUCUUGUCUGGAUCCAAGGCUAAUGGCAUCAGAGAAAGAAGGAUGUGUCAAAAAAAUGAAAAGAGUUCUUGAAAUUCUUGUGGAAGCCCACAGAUUGAAGGCUGAUGAGUGUGAUGAGGUGAUAUAUCAGUUUGGACAGUUUUUGGAUGAAUGUGCAGGUAAUCCUGACUUUGAAGAUUUUGACCCUAGUGAAUCCUCUUUAAGAGUCGACACACUGUUAUAUGAACACAUGGCUGGUAAUAAGCAACUGGCAAAAGCAUGGGGGGUAGUUGAAUUAUUGCUGCUAAUGUCUCAUGGUCAAGCCACAGUUGAAAGAGGAUUUUCUGUAAACAAAGAAGUGGCAGUUGAGAACCUGUCGGGAAGAUCUUUCAUUGCACAGAGGAUUAUUCAUGAUCAUAUUGAAUCAGUUGGAGGCCUUGCCAAUGUAAAAAUCUCAAAGCAACUACUUAUGGCAUCUGCUGGAGCGCGACAGAAAUAUAUUUCCUAUCUAGAAGAGCAGAAGAGAAUUAAAGUGUCCCAGGAAAACACGCUUAAAAGAAAGGCAGCAAUGGAUGGGAUUGAUGUGCUGAAGAAGAAAAAAACGGCAAAUUGA